AUGGAUGGAAAUAGAAGAUUUGCCAAAAAUCAAAUGAUUGAAAAAAUAGAAGCGCAUUCGUUGGGAUUUGAUACCUUACUUGAUUGUCAUGAAUGGUGCCGGGAAUUGGGUAUCAGGGAGGUUACUGUGUAUGCAUUUAGUACAGAAAAUUUGAAAAGGACUAAACAGGAGGUCGACGAUCUGAUGCAGUUAGCAGAAGAAAGAUUUUCUGAAGUAGAAAAAGAAGAAAGUGAUUUUAGAAAAGCAAAAGUUCGUAUCAGAAUAGUAGGCGAUUUAGACCAGAUUCCCGAAAAUGUAAGAAAAGCCAUGGAUCGAGCCUGCGAAGUGACCAAAGAAAAUGAUGGAUUCGUAUUAAACGUAGCCUUUUUCUACGUAGCUCGGGAGGAAAUUACUGCUUCGAUUAAAUCAGUAGUAGACGGCGUACAAGAAGGUUCUUUUAAAUGUGAGGAUAUCUCAGAAGAUUUAAUUUCAAAAUCGUUGUAUUCUAAAUUUGAUAAAAACCCAGGUAUGAUGAUUAGAACAUCUGGAGAAGUCAGGUUGAGUGACUUUCUCCUUUGGCAGCUUUCUGAUACUUACUUGUAUUUUACUGACGUUUUGUGGCCAGAUUUUUCUCUGUGGCAUCUCUUUACCAUAAUAUUAAGCUACCAGAGAUCUUGUGGAUUUAUGAACUUAAAGAAAUAA